GGUGCAAACGCUUCGCAGCUGGAGAAGGAAAUAGGCCCCCAAGAAUUUCCUCAAAAUGAACAUUACUUUGGUCUGGUUAACGUAAGUAUACUCCAUAUUAAUUGUAUAGUUGCUUUUGUUGUUUUUGCGCCAAGCUUGACAACGAACUAACUGCAUUUUUAUUUCUUUCUUCUGCAGUUUGGGAAUACAUGUUACUGUAAUUCUGUGCUGCAAGCGUUGUUUUUCUGCCGGCCAUUCCGCGAGAGGGUCUUAGCGUACAAACCACUGUCCAAAAGGAAAGAAUCCCUUUUAACAUGUUUAGCUGAUCUUUUUGGUAACAUUGCUUCGCAGAAGAAAAAGGUUGGUGUCCUGGCACCCAAAAAAUUCGUCGCGAGGCUAAGAAAGGAAAAUGGUGAGUUUUAAUAUUUGUACCGGCCAUUCAAUGUGUCGAUCAGUCUACAUCAACAGUCUGACAUAAUUAAUUGGUCAACUUGUAAACCGUAUUUAAACUGAAUAGUGGAAAAUCUUUUUAUCGUUUUCAAGCUUGAUUUCAGUUUUUUUCAGGACUUAAUGCUAUUUUUAUCGCUCCUUGAAAUCUUAUGAUGUGAAAAUGUGAUGACAGUUCUAAGCUUGUUUGUUUGUUUGUUUUUUUUCGUUUUUGCUUUGAUCUGCAAUAUUUAAAUAGCAGAACACAUGGCUGAGAAGAUUUUUAACAUUUUAAAAUCUUAGAGAAUGAGGUUAAUCUUGUACCCAGAUCUCUAUUUGACAAAGCCGAAGGAGAGAUUUGGUCAAAUCUGAUUUGUGCACUUGAUCACCUGUCAGGAAUGUGACAGGCGAUGAAAGAACGCAUGCUCGAAAUAAAUCCUCAAUUUUAGACAUGUUAAACAAUGAAUUUGCAUGAAUUUGUAAAGGCGUGAAGUUUUCUCUAACAAAACAUGGUUAUACGCAUAUCUUAAGUAUGAACCAACCAACUUGUUGUCGUUUUUCUUUGUAACAUUAAAUUCAACAUGACAGCUAGUUAGUUUAAUAUUAAUUAUCAUAGCAUGUGCUAAAAGCUCAAAGCAGUACAUGUCAGCUUCUACGCGAGAAUUUUUUUUUACCAUUUUCAAAAGUCUUAAUUUUGAUACCAAGAGAGAGUUUUAAAAAAUCAUUAAAGAUGAGAUAAUAAUGGUUUUGCAAGUAAUAUUGAGACAGAAAACUACUUUUUCAGUGAAAAUAUUUUAUUUGAACAGAACUGAAGACAUUGCACAUACCAUAGCACGUGCAGGAGACAACACUCACGUCGCUCGCUCCCAAUCUAGCCAGUCAAGAAAGCUAAAUUUUCUUACUUUACCAGAUCUGGCCUUCAGCUUCAUAAACAAGAGAUCUGGGUACGAGAUUAGAAUAAGGUUGAAAAAUGGUCGAAAAACAAAUAUUCUACAUGUAUAUAUAUGUUGCAGGUCAAAUUUGAUUUCAGGUUAAAUUUUUUUAACCUACAGUGUAGGUUGAUUCUCAAUUUCCUUUGUCUCCUAGCCCUAAUUAUUCAUGGAUUAUGGCUAGGAGACAAAGGAAAUUGGGAAUCAACCUAGGUUAAAUAGAAAUUAACCUGAAAUCAAAUUUGACCUGUAACAUAUAUAUUAUGUUUGUAAUGACACUUGGCAACCGCAUUUUUUAUUGUAACCUGCUUUAUGAGUUUUGUAAUGAAUAACCAAAUCAGUCUAUCAAAAGUAUGUUUGGAUGUGGCUGAAUAAAUGAAAGGCAUUUGGUUUUGUUGGCUCAGGAUACAACACCUACCCCUGCACGUUAUACAAAAACCAUUUAUUUAUUUGAUCACUUUCACCAAGAUUACAAUGCUAAAAUGAGACUAGAAAAAAAAAAAAAACAUUUGAAACAAGAGAUGCAGGUGCGCAACACACAAAAGAGUGAGGCUCCAAAUUAAGUGUGCCCUUAAGAAACAUACACAAAUACUAACUACGUAAACAUUUAAAACAUUUUAUAAGAAGUACGAAAAUCCUAUUUCCAAAAACGAUAAGAACGCAUCACUCCCGCAGCCCAUAAGAAAUCUCAGUAGCAGCAGUUGCCAGCUAGUAGAUGAUUAGGUGACCUACUGCAUUUGCAGCAGAUCGACUUCCAGGUGUUAAAGGUGUUACCUUAUUUAAUUAUUAUUUGUGUUUUUAUAAUCAUUCAAAAGAUUUUCAAGCUUAAUACCUCAGUGCAGAAUUUCUUUGAAUUAGUACAGUGUUCUCACCAGACUGCGCCAUUGCAUGAUUCUUGCACUUUUUAGCGAAAUGGCGCAUUUAAAAAGUCCUUAAGGGCCCUCAGGGCGCAGAACUUUAGCAAUUAUUAUCAAGCUAAAGCGCUGCAAAGGAUCCAGGAAAAGAUAAAGGGGAACGCGUUUUCCAGAACUUGUGGACUUGCUGCAUCGACUUGCAUUUUUGCUGCAUCAAAGUCAAAAUUUCUAGACAAGCCUUCUUGAAUGACAUGUUUUGCAGAGUGUCAAGUGUCAUUUUUCAAAGUCCAUACGAUCAAAUUUUUUUACUGCUCUGUGCAGAAUGAGUUUGUUUAAAUUAGUGAUUGUUGUAUUCUGCAUGUUGAAUGUGACUACAUGCAACAAUAAUCUUUUAAAAUGUUUGAUUUUAUUCAAGUGUUUGUAGUACACUGUAUCACACAGAUUACAAAUUAUUGAUAACUUCAAACUUAGUUAACUCUCUUGAUGCAUUCUUUCUUUUACACCAGUUUCGGGUAACACCCGACCUGCAAUGUCACAAACGUCUUUGGAUUUUGGGUUUUUCUGCAAUGUCAAACAAAAUCUGAAGAAUUGGUGCUUUCUCUCCUUCACACCUUUGUGGACCUCUGAGGAAACAAAUGGUCAUAGUGAUUUAUGAUUGGUGGAUUUCGAUCCAUUUGUGCGUUUCUGUGUUUCAAGGUUCAUUGCAUUUGGUCGCUUGUUUUUAUAAAAUGCAGUAAAUUUUACCUUAGCUCUAAGUUUUUUUUUAUCUUCUUUAUGCUGAAACAUGGCAAGUUUAGAUUCCCAAGGUGAAAUUGUUCCUAUAGUGCUUCCAAAUCCAGAAGAAACACAGAUAUGUGAGGGUGAGGCCUCUGCUUGUUUAUAUUGCCGCCUUUAUUUGACAAACACAGUGGAUGCUACAGUAACAGUUUGUUUGACAUCGCAAAAAAACCCAAAAUGACAUUUUUGACAAGACAGGUUCUGUGUUAUCGGAAACAGCUGUAAAUGGCCUAGAAACUUCAAGACCUGGGGUCCCUGGGCCACAAAUAACAAAAUUCUGGUGAGAACACUGUUGUAUAUUUCAAGAUUUCUACGGAUGUCAUUUUGUAAGGGGUAUUCUUCCUGUUUCAAUACCAGUCCUAGUCAAUUUUCUCUUUUGGAGUUUUUGUAUAUGAUCAGUUUGGCCAGUAAAUCAUUGAUUGUUUAUGUAUUGGAUGACUGUCAAAUCUGAAAUGCUGUUUGACAAAUGCAUCAAUAAUUGAAAGAAUCAUUUCCCUAUAAUUCAGGGUAAUUAAUUGAAGCUUAAAUUUGGCCAUUGAUUGCACAUUGUAAAGAAUUUUAUGGAAUAGUUACAAACUGUAAGUCAAUCAGGAGUAGAGAAAAAAAACAACAAAAAGAUUAAAGAAGGUGAUGUUUUUCCUCGUCUUUAAUAAGCUCAAUAUUAAUUUAUCAUCAUCAUCAUCAUCAUCACUGUACCGGUAAUGUACAUUAUGUCCGUAAAAUUAUAAUGCUGAUCAUUUAUUUUAAAAUAAUUUUUUUUUUCCGUAGAGCUGUUUGAUAACUACAUGCAACAGGAUGCCCAUGAAUUCCUUAAUUAUUUACUGAAUACAAUAGCUGACCUCUUGCAAGGUAACAGUUCUACAUAAUGUUAUACAUGUAAAAUUGCAGUUUAACCGUGCUAUACAAGCAGCCCAUUACAUAGCGACCUCUUUUUCCCAGGCCAGGCAAAAGUCUAGUCAGUUUUUUCAAGCUUUUAAAAAUACAUUGUAAUAUCAGUCUGUGCCCCCAUUGUUAUGACAAGUGACCACUUUUUGGCAUCCUUGAACAUUCUUUUCUUCACAAUUUGACCUCUUUAUUUCAUUCUCAAUGGAUUCUUGUUGACAUUAAGUGAAGCAGUCAUUGAAAAAUGAUUAAGUUCUUUCUUGAAAGCUGUGUAAAGUGCAUAAAUCAGAAUUCAAGCAUGAUGUUUGACCUAGUUUAAAGACUUUCAAUUUUAAAGUCUUUAAACUAAGUUUAAUCAAUUUUGUCAUCACAUAUGGUAAAAAUGCCAGAAAGCGUACUAGUUAAUAGUAUAUAUGUUACAGGUCAAAAUUAAAUUCAGGUUAAAAUUUUUUAACCUAGGUUGAUCCUCAAUUUCCUUUGUCUCCUAGCCCUAAUUCAUGAAUAAUUAGGGCUGGGGGACAAAGGAAAUUGAGAAUCAACCUAGGUUAAAAAAUUUUAACCUGGAUAUAAUUUUGACCUGUAACAUAUACGUAAAACUACCUCAUUAACCCAUUCGCUCCUGGAGAUUUUGCCGAAAAACGCGUUUUGAAGUUAGUCGAGUGGUUUUCUGGUCACUGUCGUGCUAUAAAGGGCUAAAACUUACCACAAACCGGUUUACAGGUCGUACACUUGGCGGCCUUCUGAUCCAGAUGCAAAACAUCAGCUUGCGAAGUUCGGGCAUGCGCAGAAAGCAAAAUUUCGAGAUAGUUUUUGGGUUUAAAAGUGACACAGCAGUCUUGACUUUUAUUUUUCGCUUUUUCUCCCCGCUUCUUUUUUCGCUUUUCUUGCCUCAUUUUUUUUUCUCUUGCUGGGCAUUUAGUAGCCUUCAUUUUGGUGGGAAGAGUUUUUAGGAAAGCUUUUAGGAUCUUAGGAUUUGGUGAAAGGAAAGGUAGGUGGGCAAUGGAACAAGAUUUUCAUGGAGAUUUUCAGGUCAAUGUCACGUGGUUUUUUGCUUCUUUCUCCGGUGUCCUUGACUGAAUUGUGCUCAUUCUGGUAUGGUUUGAAAGAUCUCUUCACUCUACACAAGUUAGCGAAGAAAGUUGUCCUUGACCGUUAAAACUGAUGACAUCACAAAGGGUAGAAAGGACCUGGAUCCGCACGGGCGGUUACGGGCAGUUCAGGGGCGAAUGGGUUAAUGAAACUAUGCUAUUCGAUUGUUGCAUGUUGUGACCAGCUUAUCAUACAUGUAGCCCAAUCAAGGUCAUGUCUACUGUACAUGUACAGCUAUAAAAUGUGGUCAAUCCACAGUUCCACUGUGCUGGUUGGUGAGGCAUUUGUGCUUGAAACUCCAGUGUUAUCACAAUUAGUGGCUGAUUUUGAAAUUGAAUCUGUCAUACAUUGUGCAUUUGCUGAAAACAGAAAAGAAAGUUAAUAUUCUUCAAAAUGUAAGCUGUGUUUAGAAACUGUUAGAUGAUGUGCAUUAUUGAAGUGAGUCUAACAUGAUUUGAUUUUUCUUGUUUUAGGUGAGCGUGCAAAGGAAAAAGAAAAAGACAAGCACAGUAGCACCAGCAGCGUCAGUAGCAAAAGCAGCAUUUCAUCAGCAGGAACAAUAAAUGGAGUAUCAACAAACCAAAAUGGCAAACCAGAGCCCACUUGGGUUCAUGACAUUUUUGAAGGAAUACUGACAAAUGAGACAAGAUGUCUCUGCUGUGAAACAGUAUGCACUAUCUCAUUUUGUUUGGCUAAGUUCUAAGGAUAUGUUUUAAAUACUUUUUGCAGUAGGUUAUCAAGGUGUUCAUUAGGCAUCAGAGAUCAGAAAAUUCUCCAUUUAUUACACAGAAUUCUCCGGGUCAUGUUCGGUAGCCUAUGACUACCAAUACUUUUUAUACAAACAUGAAGCCUUUUUCAAAAUACAUUGUAUUCUCCUGUGACGUUACACCUUUCUCCUGCUACAAGAAUUCGUAAUGAAAAACCUAGGUUACUGUUUUAUUCUUUAUUAAAAAACCCUGGUAAAAUUAUGAUAAACUGUUAUGACCAUAAAAAAGACAUUGAUUAGCUAGUUAAAAGUUUGGGGUCUUAUUAAGCAAACCAUCUCAAUUUCUUUGCUGUUUAUACAACUGUACACUGUACAUGCUUGUAAUUAAACAAAUCAGAUGACUGCGUAUUUUGUUUAAUUGAUCCUCUUAUACAAAAUACUCAGUACACUGGCACUGGGACCUCUAGUUUAUUAUACAUGUAACAUGUCUUAAGGGAAGUGACUUCUGGGACCUUGGUAGUUGACCUCCACUGAACCUAUUCGGCCAAAGCAGAAAAAACAACAAUAUUCUUUAAAUUUCUGUCUGGAUGGUGCUUCGUGUAAACCCAACUUUUGCAACAUAUUUUUUUUAGCACGAUUCUUACAUGCAGUGCAUCAGCUCCUCGUAAACGGCAUACACUGCACUUGCAGUUUGUGCCAAAAAAAAAAAGUAAUGUUCACAUGAAGUAACACCCAAACGGCAGUUUGAAGAAUAUUAUGGUAUUUUCCGCACUGACCAAUAGAGGCUGACUAGAUUUUCUUACUGCAAAGCUGUGCUCUAAGAAAGCUUGAAGGGAGUCCAAAACCUUUGAACCUGUGGAGUGUGAAUUCAGAGUGCCUAGCAUGUAGGUUCAGGGGUUUUCAAUAAGAGCCAGUGGCCGGUGAAUUUCGCCAGCUGUUUCAGGUGAACUGGCCACCUACUUUUCUUUGGAAAUUACCCGCAUUUGAAUAGAGUAUUCAUGUGCUGUCAAUGAAUAAAAGAGCCAAAAUUUAAUGAUGUCUGUGUCUGUUCAAACACUCUAAUUUUUGCUCCUGAAUGCUGGAAAUGCAUUCUAAGAGGCCAAGAUUUCACGUGAGUUUUUUCCAUCUCCACCUACUCCAUAGCCUUUGCCACCCACUUAAAAUCUUAUUGAAAACCCUGUAGGUUAUUACUGCAAAGUGUUCCAUUUACCCAGAUGUACAUUAUACUUAUCUAGAGAGAAGUCACAGUGCCAUGUGCUGCUAGAAUACAGCCUGUCUUGUACGGGUUUGCUAAAUACACAUUUUUUUGUUCUUUAUUUUUUUUUCUAGGUUAGCAGCAAGGAUGAGUCAUUUCUUGAUCUUUCAGUGGAUGUUGAGCAAAAUACAUCAAUAACACAUUGUCUCAAGUGAGUUUUACUUUUAUCAAAGCAACUUAGGCAGGUAUGUUACUGUUAAUGGAUGUGAAAUUCCUUGCAGCAACACUUGUAGCAAGCUUCAGAAAACAUCAAUGUAACUGGUAAAUAUGAUAAAGACAUACAUGUACUAAUAUUAUUUUCUCUGUUUGUCACUUAACAGAGGAUUCUCAUCAACGGAGACACUUUGUAGUGAACACAAGUACUUCUGUGAAACAUGCUGCAGUAAGCAAGAAGCUCAAAAACGGUAUUUUGUCUCAACAGAAUAAUAUUUUGUCCAUCUCAAGUUUGCCAGGGUACAUUGUUUUUAUACCACUUUUAUUUUGUUCCAAUUAAGUACACAUGAGCCUGUUCACAAUGAAUGUAAAGUGUGUUGACUUCAAGAAACAUGCAUUUUAAGUAUGACCAGUUUUGUCCCGGCAUGGUGGUACAGCUGUUUUUAAAAACAUGCCAGACGUACAUGUACAUUGUACAGAUCAACAGCAGUCAGGGUCCAAGCAUUGAAAUGUUGUUGUUUCCCCGGACAAUGUCCAGUGAAUCUAUUUGUCCAGCUUUAUAAAUGUAUCGUGGCAGCUUACAUUAUUUUGUACUGCUUGGGAAACUCAGCAAUGGACUACAGUGUCACCAUGUCCAGGGGGAAUACUACUACACAGCUCAGUUGGUGUAGUGCCCAUUGAUGAAUGCAAUGCAUUCUUUACUUAUUUUUGUGGCAUUAGGGAGAUCUCUUUGAUGCUUUUUGUUUGAUUUUUCUUCUUUGUCAGGAUGAAAGUUAAGAAGCUUCCAAAGAUCCUAGCACUUCAUUUAAAGAGGUUCAAAUACAUGGAGCAAUUACAAAGAUAUGCAAAGCUCUCCUACCGUGUCGUGUUUCCUUUUGAACUCAGACUGUUUAACACAGUAAGUAUCAUAGAUCACCGCAUUAAAUUGUUAAAUUGUCCCUUGUUAGUACUUAAUUAUUUAUGUAUCGUAUUAAUUGCAUACUUUCUCAUAUUAUGUGAAGUGCCAGGUAUUCUAUAGGGGUGUGCUCAGUUGAUUUUAUGAAUUGUGAAAUAGUACUAAUGAAUUUAGUUCCAUUUGCGAAACUGGAGCAUAGUGCUUGAAAUAAAACGGCGUUUCUCUUGCCCCAAGGCAUACAUGUACUUACUACCUUGAACGGCAAUGAGAUGGUGGAUGAUACUGCCUCUGAAGCGUUGUUAGAAAAAAGAGAAAGAUUAGUUGAUGUAACAAAGUCUUCCGGUUUCUUAGUGAUUUUUCUUUGAGACUCUUUUUUUGAAGAACAAAAUUAGAUUGCUUUAGCAAAGAUAGCGCUGAUGUUUGUACCAGAGUUAUGUGAUAUUGAUCUGGAGACAUCACUGUUUAAUAAACAAAUCACAAGUCAUUUUUAAUAACGGAAAAUUCAUUAAUAAAGACUCUUCAGGAAUAUCUGACCAGCAAUUACAGUAUUACCAUUCCUGUACGAGUGAAGGUCAAUCGGAUGCGUCGUAAGACUCCCAAGUGUUUUGGGUCUUUAAUUAUGAGUUGUCUCUCAAUAUGAUCCUGUUUCUCCAACGUAAGUUAGAUACAGUCACUCCAAUGACUUUGUUCCUCUUAGUCACUGUCAAAAUGUUCCAAUCCGGACAGUAAUUUGUUCAUUACCACGGCUUUCACAGCUUACCUUAAAACAGCUAUUUCUGACGUUGUACUGAACCUUCCGAGCUAUAAACAUAAAGUUGCAUUUGUGGAACAGUUCUGUUUAACUGUUUAUUUGUUUGUUUCUUUUUUCGCAAUAGUUAGUUAAUUUCUCUGACUUUUUAAUUGUGUUAAUUGUAGUCUGACGAUGCUAUUAAUCACGAGAAGCUUUAUGAUUUGGUUGCUGUUGUGAUCCAUUGUGGCAGGUAUGUAUUCAUUCAACAAAUAACUGUGAACAGACAUAUACGGCAGUCUUUUAACGUUAAGUACCUCGUACUAGCCUUUUUUGAGAUCGGAUCGCUGGGCCAUAAAUUGGGUGGUUUGGGGUACGAUAGACUUCCACACAGGCCGUCUUUAUGAGCAACGAAAUCGCAAUUCAUUCGCGGCUCAUUUUGAGCUACAAAGUCGCGAAAACCUUAAACGUACAACGAAAGUCGCGAGAUUUGUAGAAAGUUAAGGGGAAGGACGAAGUGAUCCGUAAUUUUGCUUCACGGAUCGAGAAAACGUCGCUAAAAAAUGAUUGUGUGGUCAUAUUCUUCUUUGGGUCAAGAAAUAGGCGCCUGGCAAGCCAUAAAAACGUAUUGAUUAUUUUUCCGGAGGGAGGAAACACUAAAAGCGCAAUUAGAGUGUUUUCGUUUGAGUGUCGUAAAACCAAAACCAAAGUAAUUACUCUGGCCAAUCACAUAGGACACAGACAAUACAUUGAACCAAUCAAAACUCGAAGUAAUUACAUGUGGCUGACGCAAAGCGCGGGAAAAAGUCACAAUUGGCUUUGGUUUUACUUCUGAUUGGAUGAAAAGGUGGCGCGAAUCUUUUAAGCCAAUCGCAUCGUGUAGAAAGUGCAAAACCAAUUACUUUUCGACACUCAAAUGAAAACCGCUCUAAUGAGCCACAUUAAUUUCGUCGCCAUCACGCACUUGUAGUGGUAGUGUUAAAGGAAAAGGGAGGGUUCGUAUAGCGGCUUAUGGACCCAAUACUGGCCAAUCACAGAACAAGAAAUGAAAGCCAUAAAUAAUAUUUGUUCCGUUUACAUUUUACGCGCAUUAUCCCCGCGAGUAGUUUUCUGUUUGUUUAUUUAUUUAUUUAUUUAUUUUUUGGGCGAAGUAAAUUUCAUACCUUCACCUCUGUUUUGUUGUUCUAUUUUAUCAAGAGACUCACAUUCCCAAAUGAAACUUUACAACUGUUUCUUUUUUCUAAUUUUAACUUAAGUCACUUUUGGGCGUGAAAAGGUUUAAAACCUACGGAAGCACGUUGCCGUGCAAAAUCAUAAAACAACUGUGGUUACCUUCAACAGAAAUAAGAUAACAGGUUAUAAAUUUUGUUCUUGAUCUUUUUGCAGUGGACCCAACAGAGGUCAUUAUAUAACAAUUGUAAAAAGUCACGGCCUUUGGCUACUUUUUGAUGACGAUAUUGUAGAGGUAAGAAGUAUUGUAAUACUUGUUGCAACAAGUAAAUAUUUCAGUAUGGAUAAAGGAAUAACAAAAGGAAAACUCUCAGUGUGACCAGCGAAGUCUCUUUCCAGUGGGGGAUGGAGAGAAACUCCCCUGCCAAAAAAAGCGGGGACAUCCACCCUCCGUUAGUACAGAAACGUGUCAGGUCGUAGUAGCUUAAAGUUUGUUUCAUAGCUAAAACCGCUAAUAAUUAUAGCUAUCGCGUUAGUUGCGUAGUCUCCCAUACUGUAUAGGUAGAGUUCGUCGCCGAAGAAAGUCUGCAAAGGGGGUUCUAGGCUACCUAGGCUGUAGACGCACUUGCGGUUGCCUACAAAGCUGAUAUUAGUUUUUCUCAUGUCUAUUUUGCAGAAAAUCGAAGCGCAAGCGAUAGAAGAAUUCUAUGGCUUGACGUCAGAAAUCCAGAAAUCUUCUGAAUCUGGUUACAUACUCUUCUAUGAAGCGAGGGGAUAA